ACUUGAUUUUUCGAAGUUUGAAAAUCCGUUAAAAGGGACAUGAAAAAUUUUAGAUCGAGAGAGAAAAAAGAAUUUUACUUCCUUAUCUAGAAACGCCCCCCGGGGUCCCGUCUAUCAGUCCCCCUCCCUCCUCGCCGCGGGUAGUGUGUGCGCGACGGUGGGGAAACGGCAAAGGAAAAAAAUGGGCCCGACAUGUGCGUCUCGCUUUUCCGCGCGUCAGUCUCGGUCAGUCGCGGUCGGUCAUCAGUUCCCAUCCCGCUCCCCCCCGUCCGCGACCCGCGCCGGAAGCGAGAGUCAGCUCUUUUUCUCCAUCUCUCUUCCACCUUCGGCUCCAUUCUCGGCGGAGGCGUUCCUCGGAGCCGCACACGCCGGGGACCGAUCAGUGCUGAAGUGCGAGCGGUCGCGCGUUGAUCGUCAUCGAGUUGAUCGGCGUGUGUGCGCGUGCGGGGCCUCGUCGCGGGAAAACGUCCUCGUUUCUGCCGUCUAGGUUUCCGCGUUUCCGAGAUGGGAGCACCGAGUGCUCGCCGUCCGAGACGGAUGAUCGUCUACCUGGCGCUCGUUCUGGUGUGCCAGACGGCGCGACCGGUCGAAGGACACCCUCGCACUUUUUCGGAGGUGCCGCCGAACGCCGGGGGUUCCUCGGGGCGGAGAGCGCCGAUCUCAGGAUUGAUCGACGUGGCGUACGAGAACGGCGAAUUGCUGCGGCCGCAGGAAUGGUCGCGGCGGGCCGACGAUCGAGGGGCUGAUCCAGGGAUCGACCGGACACAGUGGGACACUUUAAGGCGGCAGGAGUCCCCGAGCGACGGAACGACGCAAUAUAAGAAAAGGAAAUUGCUACAAGGUUUCUCUGCUGUAGUCUCGAGCAUGGACCCGUCGAUGUACAGGAGCGGGAUCAUGCCGACGCACAGGACCACGAGCGUGUCGAUGCAAAGGGGUUCGGACGAGAUCGUUUUCCCGGACCGAAGGGUCGCACCGUCGACGUCGUCGCAAACAACGGUGCCGGCGUCGGCCUGUCGCAGGAGAACGUACUGCGAAAACGUCGCCGAGUACCCCAGGCAACUGGUGAACGCGGCGAUAGCGCAGAACGCCAGUUUGCGGUUCCUGGAAAGCGUCGAUCCGAUGCCUGACAUUGAACAGAGAAUAGACCUGGCGGACGAAUUGUCGCUCUGCCGAUAUCAAGAACAAGUAGUCUUCCCGCAGACCGCGCAGAAUAAGGAAAAACAAUGGUUGUUCAUCGUGAAUCAGGAUGGCUUGAAGCAAGGGAUACGCAUUGAAGUUUGCUUGAACGAUGGUCAAGAGUGUACCCUAAGCGACAACUUUCCCGAAGGCUACAAGUCUACCUGCAAACAGAAGUACAUCUAUCGAGAAUUGGCGGCGGUGGGAAGCGAUGGGAACAUUUUCAAGGAUCAAUUCCGCUUUCCAUCGAGCUGUUGUUGUCACGUGAAGUUCAGCGGUGAUCCCAAUGUCAGAUUUGGACUAGGAUUAGACUUGUCAGCCAAUCGAACGCAAUAUAAGUAGACCGAGAGCACCUUUUCCAAUAAUGCUUCGAAAGGAAAGGGAAAUCAGGACGAAUGAGGAGAGGACGUAAUGGAGUGGCUCUUGUUUAUCCGUGUUCAUGUGAAUAUUCGAUACGUCGCACGAUAGAAUGCGAACUUCGAUGACCAAACUUCGAUUAAUUUAUCACAUAAUGCCUAUGCUGCUAUGUCAACUGUUAAUUCUUAAAAUUACUGAUUUCAUAUGCGAAAAAAAGACUCGAGAGAUUAAGGAUAACGAAUUACAAGUUGGAAAUUUCGCUGUAAACCAAAUUCUGCCGAUUAAAUUAAGUACUAAUUCGUUGAGUUUGGUCGAAGUUGCCAACGGUUUUGGUUACCUAUUUUUUUUUCGUUAAAGAAAAAAAAAUGAAAACUGUACUCUCCGUUUUCGUUCUCUUACGUUCAGACCUCGCGCCUCGCGUGCUCGGUCUAUUUAUAUUACGUCUAUGAAUCGGAGGACCAUCGCCGUGUCCAGAAUACGAGAAGAAAAGAAGAGGAGGAAAUUAGCGCGUGAUGGAAUUCGGUUGAGCCGAGGACACAAUCAGCAAUGUUGAUUAAUGGGAACGAAGGUAACUCCCAUGAAGAAACUAUCCAAUAUUCAUAUAAAUAUCGCCAAUGCUCUCUUAUAUUAAUUAUUAAUAUGCGAUCAAUAAUCGAUAAUAGGAUAAGAAUUAUGUGUACAGAAUUAUAUUAUUAUGUGAUAUAUUAUGUGAUACGAUUACUUAAUUUACUUAAUACGCUAAUUACACUAUUUGUAUUUGUUAUGUUCUAAAUCUUACAAGUAAUUUUACAAAUAAAGCGAUCCAUUCUUCGCUUCGUGCGUG